UUUAUGGCACCUGAAAUUUUAAGUGGUCAACCUUAUACUCAAACAAGUGAUAUAUAUAGUUUUUCUAUGAUUAUGUGGGAAUUUACAUCUGGAAUUCCACCAUUUAAUGAUAAAGCACAUAAUCUUCAACUUGCUUUAAGUAUUUGUAAAGGUAAACGUCCUAAAAUUAUUGAAAAUACUCCACAAUGUUAUGUGGAUUUGAUGAAAAAAUGUUGGGAUGAAGAUCCAUUAAAAAGACCAUCUACAUUACAGGUUUUAAAUAUUAUUAAA